AUGGCGGGCCAAGGGUUUUCAGGUUCAUCCGAGUUGUCCGAGGUGACGCAGACAGAAACGUCCUCUAACUCCGAAGCCUUCCAGAAACCCUUAGUGCUCAGGAUUCUCGAUUUGCAGGACGCUCUGAAGGAGGAGGCUAAGCAGCGAGACCAGCAAGAUGGGGAUGAGGGGGACGACGAGGAUGACGGGGACGACGGGGACGACAAGGACGACGAGGAUGACGAGGACGACGAGGACGACGACGAGGACGAUGAAGACGACGAGGAUGAGGAGGACGACGAGGACGAUGAGGAUGAGGAGGAUGAUGAGGUCGACAGGUAUAAGGAAUCCGAAGAAACCUCUGAGCCCAUGGAAUCCACCAAAUCCUCUGAGUCCGGCCAAACUUCUGGACCCCACAAACUCUAUAAGGAGCGCACACCACCCAGGGCCCAGGUACACUACGCAUCCUCUGAGACCCUUGAGUCAGGUGCACCUCACAAGCUCCUUAGGCCAUGUGUUAGGCCCUGUGAACAGCGCAAGCUCCGCAAGGCCCGGGAACCCCUCCAUCCCUGUGAACCCCUGCACCCCCAGGAGCACAGCCAGCCCCGCAAGCCCCACGAGGCCAAGGAGUUAAGGCUGUUUAACAACACUGCGGUGAUGUUCUCCCCAUCUCUGAUCACCAGAUGCCCGACACGCAGGGCCCGGUGCGAGCGCCCGGUCCCCUUCCGGGAACGACGGCUUUUGAAUCCUGCCUUCGCCCAGCAGAUGGCAGCCUUCUCCACAGGUGACGCGGAGCCCGGGGUGCUCAGCCUGCUGCGAGCCGCAGAAGUCUGUGUGCCCAACGGGGUUUGCGUGGUGCAGAAUGAAAUUCAAACAGCGAAAAGGAAUAAGACAGCCAUAAUGUCGUGGUGGUCUCCUGUAGGAAGGAGAAUCCAAGAUCUUUCUGAGCCCAAAAAACAAUGGGGAACUCCAGAUAGAAAACUAUUUUGGGGAAAUCAAGAUCCCAUUUGCCCCAUUCGUGAGACUGCUUUGAAGACUCAGCCAUCCAAAAGACUCAAGGACCUUGCUCAUCCCAAGCCAGUCUCCAAGCAUUAUGUACCUAACAGGCCCCAAUAUUACUACAGUUGUGGAAGAGAGUCUGUAAUUUGGAAGAUACCUCCAUCUGCCUUGUUUACCCAGCCCUCCAAAAGGACCCAGAAGCUGGCACAGCCCAACAGAUUCAAAAGACAGUCUCUACUAAGUCGGUCCACCCAUGAUAAUGUAGUAAGAAGUUCUUUUCAAAUACCUGAUCCUUCUCCCCGGAUUUUACGACUGUCAAUUGCCAAAGGCAUAGAUCCUAACUAUGUUCCUCCAAAAGAAGUUAAAACUAAGAUUUCAGUUUCUACCCUGGGUGCUAUUGCAACUCCAAGAAUUAUAGACCUUGCCCACCCAAAGAUCAAGUUAGAUGGUCUGUGCUAUGAGAGACAAAGAAGCGAAAUGCCCAUCCGACCUGUAUCCCCGGCAGCCAUGUUCGCCAUACCUAGCUCCCGAACGCUAGAUCUAGCUAAAUUCAAGCCUGUCCAUCAAGAUUACCUACCUGCCCGUGAUGCCCAGUGGCCAGUGUCUCAUGCUGCUACCCAUUCUCAGAUAUCUGCUAGAAUUCAGGAACUAGCUAAUCCAAGUUCAAGGGCUCCUAUGCAUGUUCUCUUCUACGAUCCUAAUGCCUUUAAAGUCAAGCCGGCUGCUUUGAAAGCACAAUGUUCUUCAAGGAUCCAGGAGUUGGCAGAACCUGUUGUUCGCUAA